CAAAAUAAUCGAUUUCAUUCAGUUUAAAGAAAGUAAAAAUGCGCGUCAUAGCAUUAUUGGCUCUCUGCUUUGCAGCUGCAUCAGCUGUGCCUCCAAAUAGGAUUGUUGGAGGAUCAACAGUCAACAUAUCGUCGUAUCCUUCGCUCGUUGCCCUACUUCGAACUCACGACUGGAGUAACUUUAGACAAAAUUGUGGUGGUAUUAUUCUGAAUAACAGAGCUAUUCUUACUGCUGCCCACUGCACUGUAGGUGAUCAAGCUAACAGAUGGCGGGUUCGUGUGGGUUCAUCUUUGGCAAAUAGUGGUGGCGUAGUGCACAACGCUGCCACCAUCAUUAACCACCCUAACUACGGACAGGGAGGACACAUAUUCAACAACGACAUUGCAGUUAUGCGCCUUAGUACAAACAUUGCUUUCAACAACAAUGCUCGGGCCGGUUCCAUUGCUGGCUCCAAUUAUAAUGUUCCUGACAAUGCUGUCGUUUGGACUACUGGAUGGGGUCGUACUUCUUCCGGCGGUUCAUUUUCGGAGCAGCUUCGUCACGUUCAGGUUUGGACUGUAAAUCAGUCCGUUUGCAACAGUCGUUACGGUGGCAUCACCGCCAAUAUGCUUUGCGCCGGCUGGCUUGAUGUCGGCGGCCGCGACUCAUGCCAAAACGACUCUGGUGGACCACUGUACCACAAUGGUGUAGUAGUCGGCGUCGUCUCCUUUGGAAUCGGAUGUGGAGAUCCAAGAUACCCCGGAGUGUACGCUCGUGUCUCGAGAUUUACUUCUUGGAUUCAGUCAAACGCUUAAAAUUUUGUUUUUAGAAUUAUUUACGUUUUGCUAAAAUUAUCGCAGACAUUCAAUAAAUUUCCAUCAACCAUG